CUUCAAGCGAACUGCGCAUGCGCGACGCGUCAUCCAGACUUCAGUGUUUCUCUACCGGUGAAUGAGAGAGGACGGACGGAAAUAAUCUGCCACCUGAUCCAGCGGAAAACGUGAGCAGGUCUCCAUGGCCCAGUUCGGGGGUCAGAAGAACCCUCCGUGGGCGGCCCAGUUUGCCGCAACAGCAGUUUCACAGCCCGGCCACUCAGGACAGUCACUGGACCUGAACAGUUUACACGCUUUAGGAGUACAGCAGCCAUCCCUCUUGGGAGCGUCUCCUAUGUACACUCAGCAGUCAGCUUUAGCGGCAGCCUCCCUCAACACACAGUCAGCUGCCAACUAUCAGCUCUCUCAGCAGACCGCUGUGCUCCAGCAACAGGCCGCAGCUGCCGCUGCAUUACAGCAGUCGCAGAUCAAUUCAGCCCUGCAGCAGUAUCAGCAGCAGCAGCAGCAACAACAACAGCAGCCGCCUCAAGCCCCCCCACCACAACCUCCACAUCAACAAACUCUUUACAACGUCCCACAUCAGCUUUCACAACCCCAACAAGCCCUGCUAUCACAGCCCCCUGUUGCCUUGCCCACCAGCCUGAGCCUGUCAAACCCGCAGCAGACGGCACAGAUAACCGUAUCCUACCCGACCCCGCGCUCCAGCCACCAACAGCAGACUCAACCCCAAAAGCAGCGUGUUUUCACCGGGGUCGUCAGCAAGCUACACGAUACUUUCGGCUUUGUUGAUGAGGAUGUCUUCUUCCAGCUCAGUGCAGUUAAGGGGAAAACACCCCAAGUCGGCGAUCGUGUUCUGGUGGAAGCUGUCUACAAUCCUAACAUGCCUUUCAAAUGGAAUGCCCAGCGCAUCCAGACAUUACCUCAGCUGCCCAACCAAACGCACCAGCCGCCUCAGCCCUUACCUCAGGUUUCCCCACAGCUGUCCAGCUUUUACUCUGAAGCAGGAAUGCAGCGCUACUCUGACAUACACUCUGCGGUGGAUUCAAGACAAAAUAACCAGCCGCCAGGCCCAAACAUGAUGAAACCAGGUCCCACCAUGCUGCAGUCUCUACCCCCGCCCACCACGUUCAGUGUCCCGGCCCAGGGACCUCCUCCGUCUCUUCUGCAGGCCCAGCUCUCAGCUGCCUCUCUGGCCCCACUGCUGCAGAAUCCCCCACAGCCCCUGCUACCCCAGCCUCCCCCUAAAGACUCUGUGUUCUCAGGGGGUUUGCUGCAGCCGCCAGUGCGGAUGAUGCCUCAGCCGCAACAGGUGAGGCGUGUGGACCCCUCACCCCGCUUCCCCAGCCGCAGUGACCGACCAGAACUUAUCCUGAGGAAAGAUGACCGCAGUCGGGAAAGAGAUAGAGAGCGAAGGAGAUCAAGAGAACGUUCACCCACACGGAAGCGUUCUAGAGACCGGUCUCCUCGCAGAGAACGUUCUCCAAGACGGCCACGCAGAGUCGUCCCAAGAUAUACUGUGCAGUUCUCCAAAUUCUCUCUCGAUGGCAGUCACAACUGUGACGUGAUGGAGUUGCGGCGGAGGUAUCAGAGCCUCUACAUCCCCAGUGACUUCUUUGACGCUGUGUUUACCUGGGUAGAAGCCUUUCCCUUAACACGACCUUUCACCUUUGGAAACUACUGUAACUUCCACAUCAUGCAUAAAGAGGUGGACUCUCUGGUGAAGAACACAGCUGUGCUGGACCCACAUGAUGCCAAUCACACUUACAGCGCAAAGGUAAUGCUGCUGGCCAACCCUAGUCUAGAUGAGCUGUACCAUAAGUCCUGUGCUCUGGCAGAAGAUCCACCAGAGCUGAGAGACUCCUUCCAGCACCCUGCCCGCCUCAUCAAGUUCCUGGUGGGGAUGCGGGGCAAGGACGAGGCUAUGGCCAUCGGGGGUCACUGGUCUCCCUCUUUGGAUGGGGCCAACCCGGAAAACGAUGCCUCGGUUCUUAUAAAGACAGCCAUACGUUGUUGUAAGGCUCUGACAGGCAUUGAUCUGAGUUUAUGUACCCAGUGGUAUCGUUUUGCAGAGAUACGCUAUCACCGCCCUGAGGAGACUCACAAAGGGCGGACAGUCCCCGCACAUGUGGAGACAGUGGUUUUAUUUCUCCCGGAUGUUUGGCAUUGUCUUCCUACCCGCUCAGAGUGGGAGGGCCUGUCCCGUGGACUCAAGGAGCAGCUGGCAGAGAAACUCGUGGCUGAACGGAAGGAGGCUGAUGGAGAACAGGAGGAGGAGGAUAAGGACGAAGAUGAUUCAAAGGAAGUCAUGACGCCAACUCACUGGGCUAAGCUUGAUCCGAAAUCCAUGAAGGUCAAUGACUUGCGUAAGGAGUUGGAGAGCCGUACACUGAGCUCUAAAGGGCUGAAGUCACAGCUGAUUGCUCGCCUCACCAAACAGCUGAAGGUGGAGGAGCAGGUGGAGGAGUCCAAGGAGCCGGAGAAACCUGAACCUCCUAGUGUGGAGGAGGAUGAGUCCUGCAGACUGGAGGAUGACCGAGAGGAAGAGGAGCGAAAGCGGCAGGAGGAGCAGGAACGUCAGCGCAGAGAGAGACGUUAUGUUCUGCCAGAUGAGCCCACCAUUAUCGUCCACCCCAACUGGGCUGCCAAGAAUGGCAAAUUCGACUGCAGCAUCAUGUCCUUGAGUGUGCUGCUGGACUACAGACUCGAGGAUAAUAAAGAGCACUCCUUUGAGGUGUCUUUGUUUGCUGAAUUAUUCAAUGAGAUGCUUCAGCGAGACUUUGGCUACAGGAUCUACAAAACACUCAGUUCUCUUCCGAGCAAGGAUGAGAGGAAAGAUAAAAAAGAGAAAGCUAAAAAAGAGGCAGACCGGAGGGACGUAAAGAAGGAGAAGGAUGAAGAAAACGGAGAGCCGGCCACAAAGAGAAUGAGAGAGGAGGAUGAGAAGAGGAAGGAUGAGGAGAAGGGUAUUAAGAGAGAAGAAUCCAAAGAUGAUGAUGAUAAUGAAGACGGCAGCAGCAACAACAACGCUGAUGAAUAUGACCCACUGGAGGCAGAAGACGCAGACGACUAUGAUGAUGAUGAUAAAGAUGAUGAAGACUCUAAUGGCAGGGACAGAAGAGACGACCGGCGAGAUGAACGGAAAUCCAAAGAGAGGUCAUCUAAAGAUAAAGAUGAGAAGAAAAAACAGAUGGUGACGUUUAACAAGGAUCUGCUGAUGGCCUUUGUGUACUUCGACCAGAGUCACUGCGGCUACCUGCUGGAGAAGGACUUGGAGGAGAUCAUGUACACGCUGGGCUUGCAUCUCUCCAGAGCUCAGGUGAAGAAAUUGUUAAACAGACCACUGGUUAGAGAGUCUUGCCAUUAUCGAAAGUUAACGGACAGACCGAAGGACGAGCCUAGCCCCACAUUGACCUCUGAUGCUCUGAUAGACAACCUUUUAGGCAACCAAAGCUUGCUGCCCAAUCUGAAGAUCAAGCGGGAAUCAGAGGACAGCUGCGAGUCGUCUAGCCUAAUCGUCUACAAGGGAUCCAUGGUGGAUGUGGGAAGCAUGAUGCAGAAGCUGGAGAAGAGUGAGAAAACCCGAGAGGAAAUCGAGCAGAAGCUCAUGCAGCAGGACGUUAAAAUGGAGGAGGACUCAAAGCAUAUAGCAGAGCUAGAAGCAGCAACCCGCAGCCUUCAGAGGGAGAAGGAGGAGGUGAAGAACAAUCUCCGAGAGACAGAGAACAACCUGAGAGCCUCAGACCAGCAGAAGGGCAGCUAUGAACAACAGCUCCACAGCACAGUGUCCAGCCUCGACUCCAUCAUGAAGGAGAUACAGGGCGUUUUUUCACAAGGUGACCCUUCAGAUGACAGUGACCAAAAAACUCAAGCUAAUGGCUCAGAUGAGUGAACGUCCCUCUCCAGCUCAUCCACAUCUAAUCUCUCUUCAAAUGUGUUAAGCUUAAAACUCACACAAUUCUGAAACUAAUUUUAUUUGAUCUUUUUUGCAUUCUGUGUACAAAGUUUUAAUGACUGGAGGUAAACUCUCAUUUUCCUCAUAAUUCUAUCUUUAAAAAUAAUUCUUUGGUUUUGAAAAAUAAUUCUCUGAAUUCUUCAGAAUCAAAUUAUUACACUUAACAAGUUGAAGUUUAAAUAAUUUGUUUGAAUUAUGUAAACGUUUUUGGUUGUUAAUCCAUUUAAGCUUGUUUUUGGCCUUUUUUCAUUUUCAAAAGUUGCUAGUCAUUUUAACAUGUGUUGCUAUAUCAGCAUAUUUCAUUGUUGAAAUAAUGACUUGUGCCAGUACGUGAGUUAUUAGCAAAGUUUAUUUAGCAAUAAGAGUUAUUUAUGUUUAAAUCAAAUGUUAGAAACAGCCAUUAGGAUUUUAUUAGGACCUAUGGGAAGCUGCUUUCUGAUCUCUUUCAUUGUUCCAUGACAAACAAUGAUCGAAAAACACGUUUUGUUCAAAGUCUUUUGUUUGUUUUGGUGACAUCUGCGCAUGCAUCUUAAUUAGCGCAUGCAUAUCAGCUUGAUUCCCGAAUAAUAUUCUUGCAGACGUAUAUAUAUAUAUUUUUUUUAUUUGAUCUUGAUGCUUUGUUCUGUGAUCUCUGUGUAAUCCUACCAGGGUAGCUUUGUGUGAAUGGGGCCAUGUUCUUCGUCAUUUCAAACAAAACCAAGGCAGUUACCCUGUUAAAGAUGCACAGGCUUGAUCGGACUGAACUGCUCAUGUCCAUUCUGAGUCCUGGGUACUUCAUAUCAGAGUGAUUGUAAUGUGUCAGAAUAGUGUGAGUCGGAUACUGUGUGUUUUCCAGUAGUUUGUUACGCUGGAAUUGUUGGCAGGCAGUGAAUUCUUUUGUUUUUUCUGUUUUUCCUGUUGUUGGCCCACUAAAGAUGAGAAUGAUUACAGUGGGUGGUUUCUGCUGAGUGGAAAAGAGCCAAACCUGGUAAAGUGCAUAUUAUUUUUCUAUUCUGGAUGUACUGUAUGGUUGUCCUGGUAAAAGAGAAGAAAUAAAAGUGCUUCGUUUUAAAAUUUCAUUCAGUUGAAUUUUGAAUUUCCCCCAUUUGUUAGGAAUUUACAGGGGUUUUGGGAACUUUGCAAUGACAUUUUUUCCCAGUAGAUGGCAGCAUUUGUUUGAUCUAGAGGGAUUAUGCAUGCACUUUUUAAGAGGAAAAACAAGCAAUGGGUUUAAUAAACAAAUAUUCUUC